AUAGGGCUGACGGAAGCAUAAAAACAGACCGGUUCGCCCAAUCUAAACACCCCCGGGUUCUAAAUUACCUACCUACUUAUUCAUCUCUUGUUAGAGCUUCCCAUGCGAAAGUAUGCCCGGUUCAUCAAGAGCGAAAGACACGAAACCCAAUCAAACCAACUUACAACCCAAAGACCAAGACACCGAUGAUGAGCCCGUAAUAUCCGAAAGGUUUACCCCCGAAGAAGAAACAAACCUUCUGGGGGAAUCCAACGACAAGAAAUCCGAAGCGAACACGCUAUUCUCUUCGGCAAAGUACGAGAAUGCCAUUACCAAAUAUGAAGAGGCUACUUCGAUAUGCCCGCACUACCUAAAUUAUGAGCUUGCUGUUCUGAAAUCUAACAUCGCCGCAUGCCAUCUUAAACUCGAUCAAUGGAAAGAAGCCAUAAAAUCUGCCACCGAUGCCAUAGAUGGCUUGGAUCGUUUAGGGAAGGCCGAAGCUAGCCAGGAGCAAAAUUUAGAAGAGAAGAACAAGAAUAAUAAUACUGAGGAUGAUGGGGUAGAAGAGGAGAUUGUCAGUUCCGGAGCCCAGAGAAGCGCACCCGCGGAAAAGGAAGGAGGUUCUGCCGAAGUGAUGAGGCGGAAACGACAAGAGGACAUCUUGCGGAUUAGGGCUAAGGCUUUGAUGAGACGAGCUAGGGCAAGAAGUGAACUAGGUGGCUGGUCAAAUCUUGCUGGUGCUGAAGAAGACUACAAAAUUUUAUCGACGAUGACAAACCUCAGCUACGCAGAUCGUAAGAUCGUCCAGGCCCAGCUAAAGAUUCUGCCACCAAGAACCAAGGCGGCCCAGGAGAAGGAAAUGUCGGAGAUGUGGGGGAAGUUGAAGGAUCUUGGUAACGGUAUGUUGAAACCGUUCGGACUCAGCACGGAUAAUUUCCAAAUGGUUAAGGACGAGAAAACUGGCGGCUACAGCAUGAACUUCUCACAAAACGGCACAGGCUAAUACCCUUUGAAAUUCGACUGAUGAUCCUAGUGUUGGCGGACAACUUAAAGAUAUACCUUGAGAGCAAAUAACUUCCCGGAUGUUGUGUUUAGCGCUAUCCUU